UUGACGGCCCUCAAGUGACGACAUUGGGUUGGCCCGUGCGCUCUACUCCGACGCCAUUUUGGGAGUCAGAUUGUAAAUAUUAGCAGUCAUAAAGUAGAUAGGUCCACGUAUUAAGGGGGCCUUAAUAUGGUUCACACGUGUGUAGUGGCUGGAUGUCGAAACAGGAGGACUCCUGGGAGCACUUUAUCCUUCUACAGGUUUCCACGAGACCCGCAACGGAAGCAGCGGUGGAUUGCUGCUGUGAACCGUGAGGGAUGGAUACCAAACGAGGGCAGCAGACUCUGCAGCACCCACUUCAUUUCAGGAAAACAAGUGAAGAAUCCAAGAUCACCAGACUACAUACCUUCAGUGUUUACUACAGCACCACUGUCCCCAAAUAUGAAGGAAGCAAGUGCCUGCGAAGUCUAUGAUAAACAAGAGGCACAAGUGGAAGCAGCCAAUGCUUUGCUCUUUCUACAAGGACAAGGACGUUACUUGGAAGACAGUCGCCAAAUUCACAGUCAAGAAGAGAUGGAGAGUGUUUCCUCUUCACUAAGCAGUUGUAAUGAAGAGGAGGAUGAUAAUGAUGAAGAUGACGACAGAGAGGAGGAAAUCGCACUGACAAGUAUAAUACAAGGAGAUAAGCCAGUAAUAAACAUCCCAACCACGUCCUUUGACUAUCAGUCCAGCCUUGAAGCUCUUAAAAAGGAGAAUAUGGAACUGAGGGAAUCGGUUGAAAAGAUGUCUCUCACUGAGGCAUCGUUCAGGAAUGAUCCAGAAAAGGUUAGGUUCUAUACAGGAUUGCCGAACUAUUUCGUAUUUGAGACAGUUAUGUUGCUUCUCUUGCCACACAUGAAAGGGGACAAAAAUACAAAACUUUCAAAGUUCCAGCAGCUACUCUUAACGCUGAUGCGACUUCGGCUUGAUCUUAGAAACAAAGACUUGGCCUAUCGUUUUGGGAUAAAAGUUGCCACAGUGACCAGGACGGUCCAUCGGAUUAUCAACAUAAUGUUUACCACCUUGGUGCCCACUACUGUUUUUUGGCCAUCUAGAGUGGAGCUCAGAAAGAACCUACCUGCAGCUUUGCGUUCCACGUACCCAGACUGUGCAGUGAUCAUUGAUUGCUUUAGAGUGUCUCUGGAAAAAGAAGAUAUAAAUCAACAGGUUGAUUCCAUGCCCACCCAGUCAGCCUUAGUUAAUGAGUUAAAGUAUGUCAUAGGUGUUGCACCACAAGGCGUGGUCAUGUUUGUCUCAGGCGGAUCACCAGGUCAUGUCAGUGACAAAAGUCUAGUGGACAGUUGUGGUCUCCUCUGUAAGCUACUGCCAGGUGAUGUUGUGCUUGCUGAACGUGACUUUGACAUCGAUGACUUGGUGGAUGCCCGCAAAGCCAAAUUCAAAAUCACCAGUAAUUACUUUAAAAGCAGCCAGAGUGGACAAAAUGAAGAUGGUGCUUCACUAAUGGGUGCAUAUUCAGAUAAGCUCAACAUCCACAGGCAUGUGGAGCGGGUAAUAGAAAUGGUCAAGAGAAGAUAUUGUAUGUUGACUGGACCUGUGGAGAGCCCCUUCACAGUCACAGAUCGCACAUCCAAUGUAAGCACUUUUGAUAAGAUAGUGCAGGUUGCCUGUGCCUUAAAUAACCUGUGCAUUUCCGCUGCACCUCUGGAGUGAUCUCUAAUGUUCAAAACACUCUCCUCCUUGUUUAAAGGUGAUCUUUGCCUUUAUAUUGUCUAAAUGCACCUUUCCCCCUAUUUAAACAAAAUGCUUAUUUUAUGUGCCCUGUUUUGUUAAAAGGGGAUUUGAACAUUUCCAGGAACAUUGAGACAUUGUGGUAUGCAACCUAAGGACCAGUUUAUACCAAAUAUAUUCAAUACACUUAGUUCACUAAACCAUCAACUAGAAAAUUUAACUCUCUAUUUUUUUUUACAUAAGGUUGAUGUUUUGGUUUGAUAUGGGGCAUUACAUUCAUAGGUUAAAUGUAAUGUGGCAUUUUGAAGAGAAGAGUCUGUAUGAUGAGAAUUUAAAGUAUCCAAAGCACUGAACAAACGGCUUGAUUUCCAGUGCCUUUCUCAAUGUGAUUCUUAUAUCAUCUUUUUGCUUUCUGUAUAGAUACACCAUAUUUUGGCUUCAACAAGUACUUUAAUGUUGGCCUUGUUACAACCAUUAGUUCACAAAUAGUAUUCACCAUUAUAUACUCAAUGAAGCUGGAGCCUGAACUUCAAUCAAUGCACUUAAAAAAGUUUCAGUUUGCUAUACCCAGCUUUCAUCUAUCUAACACUGUGUGUGUUCUGAUCAGUGGUACACUCUUAAAAAAUGAUGGGCUAUUUACAACCCUGCAUUGAGUCAAAAAGGGACAAAACCAGCUGCUAGGUUGUAAUUUAACCUAUGCUGGGCAAUUUUAAAGCAAUUGUUGGAUCAAAUAUAAACAUUUUCACGAAUAAUUUGACUAAACAGCUGGGUUUGUUCCUUUUUUAAAUCAUCCAGCAUUAUUUUAGAGUGUAUGGUUAGACAGCCUAUGCUAAAUGUUUCAUAUUAUUGUUCCACAUGUUUUCAUGUGUUGUAUGUGCAAAGUUUACCAUUAGAACACUUAACUAAUGUAGCAUCUUGUUAUGUAGGCUAUUGUAUGAAAAUGU